AUGCAGACGCGCUGGUCAACUGCCGAGUUCUCAUCGGGCCGGGGCCCGACGGUGGCAGCCGCGGCCUUUGCAGCGCCGGUGUCGCGGCGGCGUUGCUCGAGCCACAGCGCUGCCAGCAAAGAGCAGCGCCACGGAGGCGCCCGGAGCAGUCGGACCCGGCGUGCCAUGGCCAUCCAGAGAAUCAGCAAGCGCGCGCUCGCUUUGGACCACGCGGUAUUGGAGAACGAGCCUUGCGCCUCUUCGGCCUUCAUCCGGAACUGCGAGAACUGCACCUUCUGGGUUGUGACCCGUCAGUUCCGACUCAGAGACUGCUCCAACUGCACCUUCUACCUGCCCAGGUUUGCUUGGAAAGCCGUUUUUGGCCCCGAAUCCCGCGCCCAUUCGGAAGAUAUGACCAUGAGCUUGGAGGAGGUGUUUCCUGGCCUUCAGGACAACCGGCUCUCUUGGUUCCUCCAGCUGCCUGUGGACCAGCGCGUCAUCCGUCAAGGAAGCUCUAAUGUGCAAGACUUGCAGGAGGCCGCGAAGACCAUCUUGCAGCUGCUGAACGUGUGGCUCAUAGAGCCGGUUUGCGCGGUGUGCGGACCAGUUGGUCCCUUCGCGGACCACUUCUUCAAGAAGGGCAGACACUCGUGGGAGUUGUCCAAGUGUCGGGAUGCCGGCUUCGAUGGCUGGCAGAGCUGGAGAUUUCCGCUCGGGGAGAUCUGGCUCAACCACCUGACUUACGAGCUGCAGGUGAUGCGCAUGGAAACGGAGCCAGUCCUAACUGCCCGGAAGCUUCAGGAGCUGCCGAGUGAAGGCAAGUGGCACUGCCUUGGGCCGGCGGUGUGUUGCCAAACCGCGGCUACCAAAAACCACUGGACCACCGCGUGGCCCAACAUGUGCGGUGGCCGAAGCAGGUGGAAGCAGUUGAUGACGACCCCUUUCCGUCGGUUGGAAGAGCUCUUGCAAGCCAACGGCAUUCUCGACGGAUGCGGGCUCUGCCCGAAUCAACACUGGCUGUCGCCCAGCGACUCUACCGGGCACAGCCACUACAAGGCCCUGGCGUCCCUGGCGUGGCUGCCAGCUGACGAUGCGCAGCCGCGGAUUCAGCAUUUUAGGGUGGGCGUCGCUGGCUGGCUUCGCUUUGACCACCUCACCGGCUCCAUCUACAUGUAUCGGGAGCAAGUGCCUCCGGCUUUGACCCGGCCAUUUGGCGCAGAGCUACCGACUCGACCGGCGAGGGUUUCGCCACCUCCGGAAGGAGUAGAAAACUCUCAGGUGGACCCGGAAUCCACCAGCUCGGCGCCUUCAGAUAGGGGCUCUAGGCUGAAGCUUCUGAAGGAGAAGCUUCUGAAGGAGAUGCAGCCGGGCACCGUCUUCGAAAUGAUGUCCACGAGAUCACGUCUGAAAAUCUCACCCAUGAGCUGUAGGAGGUUCCACGCGCCGGGGGACCCGUCGCGAGUGUGGUGGCAAGACUGUACAACCAACUUUACAUACCGCCAGCGGCCAGGGGCCCCUGCGGUAAUUUUUGUGGUGGGGCCUCCAGGUGAAGAAUUCGAGAAGUGCAAGUUUUGACCGGGUGGAAUGUCGCCUGUGUGGAAUAGAUCUGGCAACAUGAUCUAUCGGACACGGCGAGCGAAAUAGCGCUGAGCACAGCAAUGCGCCUUGAUCAUGUUCGAAUGGACAUGUGGCACCACAGGUGUCUUUUUUGGUCGUUUCAGUUUCC